AACCCCCGCCUGCUCCACUUUCCCCCUCUUCUGUGUCAGACAAACCCUCCAGCAGAGCCCACCGACUGCAGCACCGACAGUACAACAAAAUGACCUCUUCUGCUCAGCCCAUUUUCUCAAAGGGGGAGAACUGCAAGUCGUCCUGGCAUGACGCCAACGCCGGGUACAAUGAGGCCGACACGCACCUGGAGAUAAUGGGCAAGCCGGUCAUGGAGCGAUGGGAGACCCCGUACAUGCAUUCCCUGGCGACCGUCGCAGCCUCUAAAGGUGGUCGGGUUCUGGAGAUCGGUUUUGGCAUGGCCAUUGCUGCCACCAAGCUGGAGUCCUUCCCAAUCGAAGAGCACUGGAUCAUUGAGUGCAAUGAUGGAGUUUUUGCCCGUCUGGAGAACUGGGCCAAGUCUCAGCCACACAAGGUGGUCCCUCUGAAGGGCCUCUGGGAGAAGGUUGUUCCCACCUUGCCAGACAAUCAUUUUGAUGGUAUUCUCUAUGACACAUAUCCUCUCUCUGAGGAAACAUGGCACACUCACCAGUUUGAUUUCAUCAAGGGUCAUGCUCACAGGCUCCUCAAACCCGGUGGCGUCCUCACCUACUGCAACCUUACCUCCUGGGGCGAGCUGCUCAAGACUAAAUACAACGACAUCGAGAAAAUGUUUGAGGAAACUCAGGUGCCUCAUCUGCUCGAGGCCGGAUUCAAGAAGGAAAAGAUUGCCACUGCCACCAUGGACAUUGACCCGCCCACUGAAUGCAAAUACUACUCCUUCAAGAAGAUGAUCACUCCCACUAUUGUGAAAGGAUAAACGACGAAGACCCUGUUGCAGCCUUUUUAUAUUCCUGUGUGCCUUUUUUCCCAUGACACUCAUUAUGUGUAUUUCAAUCUACAGUGUUUUAAUAAAACAACCUCUAUCAGGACUAAACUUUA